UCUGGACAUGCUUAUGAUUAUACCGAUUCGACAGGGAUUAAUCUUCUUUCUUUUAUCACUUGUACAUUGCACAAGAAUGCCAAGGAUCGCCAUAUGCUGCUGCAGCUGGAAGAGCACAUGAUAAAACUUGUCAAGGAUCCCGAACGCAAUUCGCAAAAAUUUCCGGCGAUGAGUUCGUACAAUCGUAUGCUGGUGCACCGAGUUGCGGCCUUUUUUGGCCUGGAUCACAAUGUGGACCAGAAUGGUACAGCAGUGGUUGUCAAUAAAACAUCACAUACAAGACUAUUCUGGACAUGCUUAUGA